GCUUGUAUAACCUUAAGUUGUUAUGAGGAUUUAUGCAAUUUAAAUCAGAGCAUCUUUGGAAUACUCUGGAUCAGCACAUAUGAUGGUGUGUUCCAGCUCCAACCAAUGUAAGUCAACGUCACACAGCUAUUUUUGAAGAAGUAGAUAAAAUUCCACAAACCAUAAUCAAGAACCUGAGGUGAAGAUAUGUAAUGAUUCUAUAGCCAGCUGGUAUUCAUGUUAGAUGCUAAUGUGCCAUUUCUGUGUUUCUGACCAGUGAGUGAGCUUUAUGAAUAUGUUUAUGCUUUACGCAACCCUACUUUUUGUUUUGUUUUGUUCUGUGUAAUACGAAAUGAUCACAGACUGUCAGUUUUCUCAUAUUUUGCCUAGCAAGUUAACUUGUAGGUGGACAACCUUUCUUUCCAGGGCAGGUGAUGCAUGAUAUUAAUCUUAAGGAUGAAAAGAGUUCUGUAAUGCUACUGUAUGUUUGAGCUUAAAAUAUCACUUGUGCUAUGUAUUACUUUAUUAGAUUUUCAUUUUUGUGCUAAUAGUUGUGGAGGGCAUUGUAUGUUAAUAGUUGUGGAGGGCAUAGUUAUAGUGCAAAUUCAUAAUAAAUAAUGCAAAUUCAUUCAAGUUCUUUGAUGAAUACAGCUAACUAAUGGGUUUCUCAGUGCUAGUUGUCCAGUUACCACAAGUCUUUUAUAGAAUAUAAGUGCAGAUGGCAAAUAUGCCAUGCAUAAAACAGCAUGUUAUAGGGUUACAUACAAAGAACUUUUAACUGCAAUGUAUUUUUAUGAAUAACAACAUGACUUAACUGUACAUCCCAGAGUCCUUGCAUUUCUGAUGUUUUAUGAGUUAUGACACUGAUGACUGGGGGGGAUCUCAUCAGCAAGAAAGAUGAGUCAGCAUACAGGGAGGAGGUGCAACAGCUAACAGCCUGAUGUAGAGCCAACAACCUGUCUCUGAACAUCAACAAAUCUAAAGAGGUUGUUGUCGACCUCCUUGGUGGUCACCUGGCAGAGAAUCUUACCUGGUCACCAGCUCCAUCAGCGAGAAAGCCCAGCAGAAUCUCAACUUUCUGCAAAGACUGAGGAAAGCCCAAUUCCCACCCUCCAUACUGACAACGUUUUACAGAGAGAGCAUUCUGAGCAGCUGGAGAUGCAUCACUGCCUGGUUUGGGAAUUGUACCAUCUCGGAUCGUAAGACCCUGCAGCAACAGCUGAGUCUCUCUUCCCUUUAUCAUGGAUAAUUAUACCACACCGCAUACCCCUCAUACUCACUCUUCACUUCUCCUGCCGUCUUGGGAAAAGUACAAGAAAUGCACACUUGAAGGCAGCCUCCUAGUGAGUGAGAGAUUACCUGGAUUCCUGGUGAGAUGGGGUUUGGUCAGGACCUGAGAAACUCCCAUGAGGGCCUAAUCAGACUGCAGGAUUGGGAGCUGAAGCUUCUAGAAACAGUGAAGCGCUUCAUGACUCUUCGUGUCAAGAGUGACAAGGAGUAUGCUUCACUCCUCCUCAACAUUAGCCAGCAGGUGGAUAAGCAAGACAACUCCUCACAGAUCCACUACAUUAGCACUGUCUCCAAGUCAUGGACUCAGAUGGUACAGCAGACAGAACAGCUUAGUAAGAUCAUGAAGUCUCAUGCUGAAGAGCUAAAUUCUGGCCCACUGCAUCGUCUCACCAUGAUGAUCAAAGACAAGCAGCAGGUGAAGAGAAGCUACCAGAGUAUACACCAACAGAUUGAAUUUGAACUGAACAAGGUUACAAAAACUGACAUUGAAAAGCUGAAAGGUACAUACAGACAAUUAACCAAAGAUGCUCAUAGUGCCAAAGAGAAAUACAGGGAGGCCAUUCUAAAAGGUAAGGAGCCAGAGAAGGCCCGUGAGCGUUACGACAAAGCCACCAUGAAGCUACACAAUCUGCACAACCAGUAUGUGCUGGCAGUACGCAGUGCACAGAUGCACCAUGAGCACUAUCAUGAAAACACACUCCCCCUGCUGCUCGAUUCUCUGCAAAAGAUGCAAGAGGAAAUGGUCAGCGCCUUAAAGGGGAUACUUGAGGAGUACAGUGAAAUCACCAGUCUCUUAACAGAUGAAAUAGUAAAGGUCCAUAAAGAAAUACACACCUCUAUUGAUCAAAUCGAUCCUGCAUCUGAGUAUGACAACUUCAUUGACAUUUACAGGUCACCUGAAACCAAUGAACCUAAUGUAGAAUUUGAUGUCUCACUAUUGGAGGAAACGGAGAAUCUUCAAGCUAAUGAGAUUCUAUGGAACAAUUUGACAGCAGACAGUUUACAAGCAAUGCUAAAGUCUACAACAGAGGAGCUUGUCUUGACCCAAAAGAGUCUACACAGUAAAGAGGACCUUAUGGUAGACCUGCAGAGCAAAAUUGAAGAGUACGCCAAAACCUGUGAGAAAAAGUCUGAUAAGGUGCUGUUGCUAAGUCAGAAGCAGUCUCUGGAGGAAUUAAAACAGAUGGUGCAGCUCCUACGCUGCUCAGAAGCCAAACUGAGCUCCCAGAAGGAAAUGCUGGAGCACAAGAUGCAGGAGAAUGGAGGAAAGGAACCUCCGACUGUGGUCAAUUAUGAGGAGGAUGCACGAUCUGUCAACUCAAUGGACAAAAGUAAAGACAGAAUAUCGAAGUUUGACACCCUCCGCCACUCUAUUGCUGGCAUAAUUCGUUCACCAAAGUCUGUACUGGGCUCAUCCUCAUUCAUAGAUGUGAUUGCCAUCAGUGAAAAGCCAUUGGGGGAACAGGAGUGGUACCAUGGGGCAAUUCCACGCACAGAGGCCCAGGAGCUGCUUAAGCAGCAGGGAGACUUCCUGGUUCGUGAAAGCCACGGCAAGCCUGGCGAGUAUGUACUCUCUGUCUUCUCAGAUGCCCAGUGCAGACACUUCAUCAUUCAGUUUGCAGACAAUCAGUAUCGUUUUGAAGGCACUGGAUUUCCCACCAUUCCUCAGUUGAUUGAGCACCAUUACUCUACAAAGCAAGUCAUUACUAAAAAGUCUGGAGUCACGCUUUUAAAUCCUGUCUUGAAGGAUAAAAAAUGGAUUCUUAAUCAUGAGGAUGUCAUUCUUGGAGAACUUCUAGGAAAGGGCAAUUUUGGUGAGGUGUUCAAAGGAAUGCUGAGGGAUAAGACACCUGUGGCUGUGAAGACUUGUAAAGAGGAUCUCCCACAAGACCUCAAGAUCAAGUUUCUUUCAGAGGCGAGGAUCCUUAAACAGUACGAUCAUCCAAACAUUGUGAAGCUAAUAGGAGUCUGCACGCAAAGACAGCCGAUUUAUAUAGUGAUGGAACUUGUGCCAGGAGGUGAUUUUCUGUCUUUCUUGAGGAAGAAGAAGGAAGACCUCAAGACAAAGCAGUUGCUAAAGUUUGCUCUAGAUGCAGCUGCAGGAAUGGCCUACUUGGAGCUUAAGAACUGUAUCCACAGGGAUCUAGCUGCACGGAACUGCCUGGUGGGGGAGAACAACCUGUUGAAAAUUAGUGACUUUGGCAUGUCACGUCAGGAAGACGAUGGGGUUUAUUCAUCAUCUGGUCUCAAGCAAAUUCCUAUCAAGUGGACUGCACCAGAGGCACUUAAUUAUGGGAGAUACAGCUCUGAAAGUGAUGUGUGGAGUUAUGGGAUCCUGCUGUGGGAGACAUUUAGCCUGGGAGUAUGUCCUUACCCAGGCAUGACCAACCAGCAAGCCCGUGAGCAGGUUGAAAAAGGUUACAGAAUGUUGUGUCCACAAAAGUGCCCAGAUGAGGUCUACAAGAUAAUGCAGAGGUGCUGGGAUUACAAACCUGAAAAUCGUCCAAAGUUUGCUGAAAUCCUUCGGGACCUCUCUUCAGUCAGGAAAAAAUAACUCCAAAUUAGAUUAUGGCCAAAAGGCUGAAGCCAUACAUGUGAUCUCUUCCUUAUUCACAAAGUGAAAGAUCUUUUUCCCCUCAUGUCCAUUGCUACAUAAGAUACUAUUUUGCACAUUUCCUGUCACAUGAAAGAAUGAAUUGCUGAUGCAAGAUCUGUUUAUGAGCCAAUGUCAAGGAGCUAGAUAUUGGCUUUUCAUGUUUAAAAAAAAAAAAAAAAAGUCAGUAUUUCUAACACGUACUGUACAUUUCUAACUGCAGACACAUAUUGAAUAUAGGAAUGGGAAUUCAAUGUUGGAGAAUUUUUAUGUGAAAGUCACAUUCCACCUUUUGAUUCCUACAUGUUGAUAACAAUGACACCUGAGAUAAAACAAGGUUGACCAGUUGUUUUGUAUUUAUAUGACCAAAAUCUUUGCCACACCCUGUCUUUGCUUUUCUUUGGGCUUUUUAUUUUGUCAUAACUCAUACAAACCCACUUCAGAGUAUUUUAGCUUCAGAAACAUAGAUUUAGGAUUAUGUGGUUAUGAAUCAAUUUAUAACCCAGAUUGCAUUCAGGACUAUUUGUUUAAGGAUUCAUUUAAAAAUGGUUUGUAUUACUUUGCUACAUGUAAUUCAUGGAACAUGUAAGAACAAAAUGUUUAAACUCAGCAGACUGGCCUAUCAUUAAACACACUCACAUUCACAUUAAAUCCAGUCAUUCUUUGUCACUUUGUGAUUCAGUGAUAACUUUUCUGCUUCAUUAAUGGUUCAUUGUUUUAGAGACUGCAUAGGCUUCUAAGCAAAUAGGGGAUCCAAAUGUUACAUUCCUAUGUGUGUAUUUUAGUUUAAAGGGCUGUGAAUUAUCAGCCAAAGCCUCAAAUAAUUUAUGUGUGAACUUUCAGUUUGUAAUUAUUGUUUUAUGCGUGUGUUUUGAACUUGGAAAGUAUUUGAGGCACAUUUAACUUCAGUAUUUUACAUGAAACACAAUUACCUGAAAUUAUCCAUUAUGUAUUGGGAAAAACUUAAAUACCCAUUGUGGUUUAUUUUUCUAAUUCUCUCUUCUGAUCAUUCAUCUCGGCUGCUUCAACAGUGCCUUACAAAUGAUUUCCACUGAAUCAGAAAUAAAGGAAAUUGUUACUUUUAUAAGGUGUACUCUGACCACAUUCAUUUUGUAUUUUGUAAAUACUGUUGUAGAUUCUAUAAUGUAAUGAUAUUGUAGGUCUUUUUGCGCAAAUCAUAGUGAAUUGAACGUGUAAAUGACUUUAGUUCUUGCGUGGCCAGUCAUCACUGUGUUCUCAUAUAAUAAAAACAUUUGCACGUUUGAAAUAUGUAAAAUCA